AAUCGGCCCGUACCCGAAUCACCCGGUUCUGAAUUUCAAAUCAUCUUUUGUUUUAUUUUUCCAAAGUCAGUUCUUGCUUUCCCCUAAACACACUUUCUAGGGUUUGUAUAUCUCGCGAUCUACACCACUGGAUUUCGACUCUUCCCACCAAUUCCAGGGUUGAAUUUUUCGUACCCUUUUUUGAUUUUUCGGACCACUAAAGGAGUAUUUAGACAUGGAAAAAGAUGGGUUUGAGCAAUUGAAGCAUCAGGCAGAGGAAUGGGUGCGAGAAGCGGAAAAAUUGGUUCAUCAGAUACCCCAAACUCAACUCUACGCUGCAAUUGGGGUCGUGUUGCUAACCAUCUUUUUCUUCUUAUUAGUUCGGUUGUUCAAGCGUGCAAAGCCCAAUACCGUUGUCUUGACUGGGCUUAGCGGAAGUGGAAAAACUGUCAUAUUUUACCAACUUCGAGAUGGCUCGUCCCAUCAGGGUACUGUAACGUCAAUGGAACCAAAUGAAGGCACAUUUGUGCUACAUUCUGAAAUUAACAAGAAAGGAAAGAUAAAGCCUGUCCAUAUUGUUGACGUUCCUGGGCAUUCUCGUCUUCGGCCCAAACUAGAUGAAUUCUUUCCUCAAGCAGCUGGCAUUGUUUUCGUUGUGGAUGCUUUGGAGUUCUUGCCAAACUGUCGUGCAGCCUCAGAGUACCUUUAUGAUAUUUUGACCAAAGCAAUUGUUGUGAGGAAGAAAAUUCCAGUACUCAUCCUCUGCAACAAAGUGGAUAAAGUGACAGCACAUACCAAGGAGUUCAUACGAAAACAACUGGAAAAAGAAAUUGACAAGCUUCGGGCAUCAAGAACUGCUGUUUCAGAGGCAGAUGUGGCUAACGAGUACUCACUUGGUGUACCUGGUGAAGUCUUUGCAUUCUCUCAGUGCCAGAACAAAGUGACUGUUGCAGAAGCUUCCGGUUUGACUGGUGAAAUAUCUCAGCUGGAACAGUUCGUCAGAGAGCACGUUAAGGCUUAAGUGGAUAUUCCACCCCCAUCGUCAUUUUCCGUCGUCUCUUGGAAAUGGAAUUAGUCUGUGUCUUUAUGCUUGAGUAAUUCGAAGGAAGCGGUUGAUUGAACUGCAAAAACUGAAAAUAUGAUAGGAGUUACGAAGCAGAGGUGUCCUUUCUAACUUAUAGAAGGAGGUAGUUGCCAUCGAGUGUAUUGUUAACAGCGACGGCGUGUCUUUAUUUUGGUUUGUAUAAUCCUUGUUUUGCCUUCAAUUCUAAUUGUUUUCUGUUGACAAUUAAGAAGUUGGUGUCAAUGGCUGCAAAUUGCAAGCAAACUUUGUAUCUGUUCACUCUUUCGUGCAUCUAAGUCAUUAACCGCUGGUGUUUUUGCGGCCAUCUUCUUAUUA